CCUUUGACGAGUCCUCCAGCCAGCCGGGGAAGGGCACCGGAAAGGACUUGUGAGGACGAUUUAGAAAGAGGAAAGGAAGAGGAGGAUCGAGGAACAAUGGCGUCUGUGGUUGCUGUUUGUAGUGGUCUAGGAAGGAAAAAGUUGACUCACUUCUUAACGGUCGCUGUCAGCCUCCCAAAUCCCGGAACUCACGCCGUGCUAUGGAGACGUUGUUCACAGUAUCAACAGGUAACCAGCAAUGGGGACCUGCCCGUUCCAAUGGAAAAUCCUUAUAAGGAGCCUCUUAAAAAAUGUAUUUUGUGUGGAAAACGUGUAGAUUAUAAGAAUGUACAGCUUUUGUCUCAGUUUAUUUCUCCAUUUACUGGAUGCAUUCAUGGAAGGCACAUAACAGGUCUUUGUGGGAAGAAACAAAAAGAAAUCACAAAAGCGAUUAAGAGAGCUCAAAUAAUGGGGUUUAUGCCAGUUACAUACAAGGAUCCUGUGUACCUCAAAGACCCUAAAGUUUGUAACAUCAAAUAUCGGGAGUAAAUUAUAUAAUGUUAUCAUCAAUAAAAUUAUUUUAAAAUAAA